AUAAUUUUCUAUGAAGAUAGGAACUUCCAGGGUCAUUCCUACGAGUGUAGAACUGAUAACCCUGAUCUGCAACCCCAUUUUAAUGCCUGUAAUUCUGUUCGAGUGGAGAAUGGCUGCUGGAUGCUUUAUGAGAGACCUAAUUACAUGGGACACCAGUAUUUCCUGAAGAGGGGAGAAUAUCCUGAUUACCAGCAGUGGCAAGGGCUCAAUGAUUCCAUCAGGUCUUGCCGUUUACUCUCACAACACCUAGGAAUUGGAAUUAAUAAAAUCAGAGUAUAUGAAAGAGGUGACUGCAAAGGAGAAAUGAUGGAGUUCCUUGAAGAUUGUCCAAAUGUUUAUGACCGCUUCUGCUCCCAUGAAAUCCAUUCUUGUAAUGUUCUAGAUGGCUAUUGGAUAUUCUAUGAGCUCCCCAACUACAAAGGCAAACAGUAUCUGCUCAGACCUGGUGAAUAUAAAAGGUUCACUGACUGGGGCUCCCAAACUGCAAAAGUUGGGUCUUUCCGUCGUGUCUUGGAGCCUUAUUGA